AAGCAGUGAAGUUCGCUGCUACACGCAGAAUACAUUGCACUUAAAUAAUAUCUAGUUAAUCAUGGAAACAAAUGACAUAUAAUUUUAUAAAUAUCCGUCAGUAUUAACAAUGGGUAAUCAGUUCAAAAACGUCGCAGUGAUUGCUUGCUUGAAAACAUUGCUAUUCGUUUUCAAUGUUGUGUUUUGGGUGUCCGGAGUACUCCUGUUGACGCUGGGGCUGUGGGCAGAAACCGACCUGCACACGUACAUAGAACUGUCACUGGAGUUCUCGGGGACAGCGCCGCACGUGUUCGUCGGCAUCGCCGGCCUAAUAGUCCUGGUCAGCUCCAGCGCCUUCACCUGCAUCAUCAAGGGGCAGCCGGUGCUACUGUACAUAUACGGUGGAUUCCUGGCAUGCAUCGUCAUGAUGGACGCGGGUGUGGGCGCCUCGGUGGCCUGCUACCGCGACACAUUCGCCAAGGGUCUGCACGACGGGCUCACCCAAACCCUCAUCUCGUAUAACCCUAACAAAGACAACUUUAAAUUCGCACAGUCAACGUUACAUUGUUGCGGUGUCUCCAACUACACCGACUGGAUCCGGCUCUCACCGCAAAGAGUGAUCCCCAUCUCUUGCUGCCUUGAUCCCAACAACUGCAUCACGGCGAACUACAAUGAUGUUUAUCAAAAAGGAUGCUAUGAUGUGAUUGUGGAAUAUAUGGAAAGCAACAUGGACCUUCUUUUUGGAAUAGCGAUAGGCAUAAUCUUGUUACCUUGGAUUGGUACCAUCCUGUCCUGUUAUUUGGCAAGCUAUAUAAAAAAAUCUAAAUAUGACGUUAUGAGCUAAAGAUUAUGAAAUAU